GAAACCUUGAGAAGGGAGAAGAAUCUUGACAGAGGUGAAGAAUCUUGUGCUGGCAGCUGUCAACAAUACUGUAAAGGACGGCCUACUUGCACUAAAACUCUAUAAAAAGCUCUCUGGGUGCUGGAAUGAAUCUGCACCUUACAUGUUUGGCCAUGCAAUAAGCCUUGAUCUGCCCAACAAAAUCUUAUCCUUCUGCAGUGGAUCUGGAGAGGAGUGAAGCCCUUUCCAAGAGUGACAACAGUAGCAUCCUAGUGAAAUACACAAGUUAACACAGGAGGAGUAAUGGGUGAGAUCGCAGGUGAAUAUGAAACGAUUGUUGUAGGAGCAGGCAUAAUGGGCAGUUGCACUGCCUAUGAAAUUGCCAAGAGAGGCAAGUCGGUUCUUCUUCUGGAACAAUAUGAUUUUCUGCACCACAGAGGCUCUUCACAUGGGGAAUCCAGAACUAUUAGAGAUGCUUAUGUAGAAGAAUACUAUGCUGCAAUGAUGGAGGAGGCUUUUUCUCUCUGGGAAGAAGCUCAGCAGGAAAGUGGGUACAGAGUUCACAUCAAAACCCAGCAGCUAGACAUUGGUUCGGUCCAAAACAGGAGCCUCCAAUCUGUCAUAGCUGUCUGCAAAAAACUAGGGAUCCCCCAUGAAGUUCUAGAUGCAGAACAAGCUUCCUUGAGAUUCAAUGUAUUGAAUUUGCCUAAGGAUUGGAUUGCCGUUGUCACAAAUAGAGGAGGGAUACUGCGAGCCUCCAAGGCAGUUGCAAUGUUUCAGUCUUUAGCUUUGAAGAAUGGAGCCACGCUAAGGGACAAUGCCCGAGUCACUAACAUUACUAGCGGGUGGAAAUUGAGUGAUGGGUUGGAUGGGGUUCAGGUGUGCACCAGCAGGGGCUCUGUACUUGCAAGGAAAUGCGUGAUCACUGCAGGAGCAUGGGCUCACAAACUUGCUAAAGAAAUAGCAGAUAUUGAAUUGCCUCUUCAGCCUGUUCAUGCUACUAUUGCAUAUUGGAAGAUUGAGGAGGGUUUGGACAACUUUUCGGCUGAAAAAGGGUUCCCCACGUUUGCUUGUUAUGAUGAACCUUAUCUUUAUGGGACGCCCUCUUGGGAAUACCCUGGUUUGCUCAAGGUGUCACUCGAUGGAGGUAAACCAUGUGAUCCGGACAAGAGGUCUUUGGUUCCUGAUUUCGAUGCACUAAAAAAGUUGCUAAGCCCUUGGUUAGCUGAGACUUUUAGAGGGCAUAUUAUGUCAGAGAGCCCUGUUGUUGCAGAGGCGUGUAUGUGUACAAUGUCUCCAGAUGAAGACUUCAUCAUUGAUUUUUUGCCACUGACAAAGACUUCAUUGUCAAGAGAAAGGUCACCUAUCUUGAUUGCUUGUGGAUUCUCUGGCCAUGGAUUUAAAAUGGGUCCAUUGGUGGGACGGAUAAUGGCAGAUCUUGCCCUCAAAGGAGAAGCCCAUGGGAUACCCAUGCAGUAUUUUUCUAUUGAACGUUUUCUUAAAAGUUCCAGAGGCAAUAUCAAGGACUACAAAUAACAAGUGUGUCACAUGACAUAAUAAGGGUAGCAAUAGAACUGCUUGAAUGUCAAUUGCAUUUCGGCUUUCCCGAAUGAUAUUGGUGGGUGAAGACUAAGAAUCUAGGUAAUUUGCAAUAUGUCCUCUGAGUAGCAAUAAUAUGAGAUCACAAUUUGCUUUUUGAUGUCAAAGCUUGCAUUUGCAUGACAUGAUUUUUCAGUUUGAAGGACCAAUAGAGCUUAGAGGACACAGUAUUUAGUAUUUAGAAUUUCUCUAUUUUUCGCAUUGAUUUCCUGUUAUUCAGUAUAUGUAAUUGUUCAGCCUCGUUUUCUUUGUUGAAAUAUGUAUAAGGUUCUGAAAAGCCUUUAUUAUGGUAAUCUCAAUAUUUUAACCCUGCUUAACCCUUAAAUGUACUGAGUUCUACUCUUACAGUUGUUCUCUAUUACUAUUUCAAUGGUUGCAUUCCU